CACCCAGCGUAGCGACAUGCUGGGGAGGAGGAACAAGGGGAAGAGAGGCCCGGAGGAGAAUGGCGGAGGUCCUCUCUCCGAGCCGGAGGAAGGAGCUCCACACAGCUACUCCAGCAGCUGUUGGAAGAGCCGGAACAAGAGGAGAAAGAUCGAGGGACAUCCUCUGGAGACUGGCUACAUCUGUGACACGGAGAGUGAUACAGGAGACAAGGCCUCCGACAACGACAUGGAUCCAGUGUUCACAGUCAGCACAAGGAAAGUCGCGGAGCCGGCCCCCUCAAACAUGGGCACAUCCAUGGGCAAAAGCUGCCCCCCUCUCCAGGCCCGCAGCGGCGUCUCCCGGCUGAUGGUGACCCCGAGAGUUUCCGGCCUGGAGCGAAGUCAGGAGAAAAACCUGGAGCCGCAUUUCCCAGAGCCCGUCGCUUCUUCUACCUCGUCUGCCCCCUUCUCUUGCCUGCCUUCCCCGAUCGCCGCCUCGGGCACGAUGCCCCGCCACGGCCCGAUGAACACUAACGGCGGCCGCCACCACAACGGCAGCCCGCCGCUCUCCAAACCCAAACCCUUCCUCACUCUGCCUGGACGGUCUCACUCGAUCUACAACAGGAGCAACACGCCAGUCAAACCUCCGUCGUCUGCUUCGUCUGUCGCGUCUUCCUCGUCCUCCAUGCGGCCCCCGACUCCCUCCACCAGUGUGUCUCUGCCCUACAUCCGCAGCGCAGGAUCCUCAGGGCCCCUCCGACCCCCCUCCCGAGCCGGCUCCGGGGCCCUGUUCACGUCCUCGCCUGGCCUGCCUCCUCCUCCGCCUCUGCUACAAGUACCUCCCCACUCAACGGCAGCAGACCAGGAAAUCCUGCGCCAGAACUUAAACUCCCACUUCUUGAACGCACAAGAGCGCGAGGGCAGACGCAGUGUCCCGGGUGCCGAGAACAACUCCGGAGCCGUCGGCCGCUCCACGCCGGGAGGCCCGUCGGCGUCGGGCUCCACGCCGGGAUCGUCUGGCCGGACGUCUCAGAACCAGCCGAGCAUCCCGCUGGCCUUCCAGUUCCAUCAGCACAACCACCAGCACCAACACACGCACACGCACCAACACUUCACGCCCUUCCUGCACCCCACGCCUACCGCACCGCCUCUGUUUGAUAAGUAUCCAGGCAAAAUGGACGGGCUGUACAGACACCCUUACUUCCCACAAUACCCGCCGCCGCCCUCAGUGCCGAGUAUCCAGCCUGUGAUUCCUCCCGCCGGGCCUUUCAGCUCCCUGCAAGGAGCCUUUCAGCCAAAGCCUCUUGUCCCUCAGGGAUCGGGUCCUGAUAUAACGGCUCGGCUCGGUGUUGUGCCUCACCACCUGCAGCCCAAAGACCCCCGGCUAACUGAUCCAUUUGGGACAUCGUUGAAAAUCAGUAAUAAACCAGGAAAAUGGUGCGCUAUGCAUGUUUAUGUGGCCUGGAUGAUUCUAAGCCAUCAGAGAAAAGUGAAGGUAGGUGUUGGAAUGUUGGGAAGGUUGCUAUGGAAACGUGAUAGGUUACAGGUUGCCAUGGAAACGUGAUA